GCUGUCAAAGUCAAUGGUUGCCGCUUGUGUUGUGCUCUGCUUGUUGUUAUUAAACGAAGCCAAAAGUACUGAUUUAUUAUUAUUACUAGGGUUGAACUUAUUGCAAUUAUGGCUGAUGACGACAGUCCAUCCGAUUGCAGUCUACUAGUGAUUGUAGUGGACACAAAUCCGAACCAGCGGUACAUUAUUGAAGACCCUAAAGUACUCACGAACUGCCUGGAUGCAGUCAUCGCGUUCGCUAACUCGCAUUUGAUGCAGAAGUCGAAGAAUCAAUUGGCAGUUAUUGGAUGCCAUUUCCACAAAAGUGAAUACUUGUAUCCGUCCCCCGGAAAACCUCUGGAUGUGCGGCAGAUUGAUGGACAGUAUGAAUUGUUCACUCUGGUUGAGAAGACCAUUAAAUCAAGAUUAGUAAACCUAAUAAAGAGCCAACCACAAGAAGAGAAGCCGGGAGAAUCUCUGCUGGCCGGAGCCCUAGCUAUGGCCCUCUGUUAUAUUGGAAGGAUCCGUAGACAACUAGCCCCUGGAGUGCGGAUGAGCAGCCGCAUCCUCAUUGUAACCGGUAGCUCGGACACCGCGGCCCAGUACAUCAACUACAUGAAUGUAUUCUUCACGGCUCAGAAGCAGCAUGUCCUGAUCGACGUGUGCUCUCUGGACAAACACCUGAGUCUGCUGCAGCAAGGCUGCGACAUCACCGGAGGCCUCUACCUUAAAGUACCUUCCUUGGAGGGUUUACUACAAUAUUUGUUGUGGGUCUUCCUUCCUGAAGCGUACGAACGCAAAGCCCUAGUGCUCCCCGGCGGAGGGCGGGUAGACUACCGCGCGGCCUGCUUCUGCCACCGCGAGCCCGUGUCCAUAGGCUACGUAUGCUCGCUCUGUCUCAGCGUGUUCUGCAAAUUCAGCCCGAUCUGCACAACUUGCCAUACCGUGUUCAAGAUCGGCGGGCCGCCUAUCAAACCUAAGAAAAAGAAGCUGAAGGUAUAGUUGUAAACAACCUUUCUAGAAGUAAGUAAUUUAUAUUGAUAAUUCUAAAUAAAACCUUUUCACUAUUG